GAGACCAUGGGCUGUAGAACUGACCACUCCUUUGGGGUCUGGCUGCUUUCCUCUGCUGCCCCAUCUCGUACUCUUUCUCAUUGUUCACUGGGCUUCAGCUGUACCAAUCUUUCUCUUUCUGGAAAAAAAAAAGCUGCUUCUGCCUCAGAGCCUUUGCAGCUGCUGUUCCGUGAGCUGGACUAUUUCACGUGGUUGCUUUCUCUCAUCAUCCAGGCCUCCACUUAAAUGACUUUUACCCAGAGGGUCCUUCCCACCCCACUCUUAUCUGAAGUAGCCCCACUCCGGAAGUAUUCACUGGGCCCUGAUUGAUUAAUCUCACAGCACUUACUGAUAAUUGAAAUUGUUUCUCUUAUUUAGUUGUUGAGGGUCUGUCUGCUUCUACUAGAGUAGAGGUUCCACCGGAGCAGACACUUUGCCUGCCUUGAUUGCAGCAUUACUGUGGUUAGUGAAGGGCCUGGCAUUGGUUCAUUCAUUCAUUCGGUAAACAUUUGUUGCACGCCACCUCUGGGCCACCAGCAGUUCUAGGCUCUGGGGAUCCAAAGAAAAGACAAAUCCCUGCCACCACAGAAUUUACUUUUGGAGGGAGGCGGGUGGGGAAGGAGAUGCAGAGAGACCAAUGAGGAGGCUGUGUGAGCAUGACCAGGACUCCCGGACUCAGACCAUGGUCUUGGCAAAAAGUGGGCAGAUUCUGGAUGUCUUUUAGAGGGAGGGCAGCAGGAUCAGGAUCAGAUAAGGGGUGUGAGAGGGAGAGAAAGGAAUCUAGGGUGAGUCCAAGGUUUUUGGAUAGAUGGAUUUGUUAUCUGCUGAGAUGGGGAAGGCCGGAAAAGCCUCUUGAGGUGUCAGCAGCUUGGUUUGGAAUGGGUUAUGUUUAAACGUGUGUUAACAUCAGGUGAAGGUGUAGCCGAGGCAGUAAAACGAGCCAGUCUAUAGUUGAGAGGAGACACUGAGGAUGGUGAAAUCGGGAGGCAUCAGUAUGGAGGAGGCAUUUGAAGCCCUGAGGCAGGGCGAGAUCUCCACGGAGGUUUGUCCUCCUACAGACAUGGGGCGCAGAAAGUCGAAACGGAAGCCACCCCCCAAAAAGAAGAUGACCGGCACCCUAGAGACCCAGUUCACCUGCCCAUUCUGCAACCACGAGAAGUCUUGUGACGUAAAAAUGGAUCGUGCGCGCAACACAGGAGUCAUCUCUUGUACCGUGUGCCUAGAGGAAUUCCAGACACCCAUCACAUAUCUGUCAGAACCAGUGGACGUGUACAGCGACUGGAUAGAUGCCUGCGAGGCCGCCAAUCAGUAGCAAUGCCGAGGACCCACUCCCCUGGCAGCGCCGCCUGCCGUGGACCUGCCCCGCUGGCUACCAGUCCAGAGACAUUCCAGGGUCCAGGGUGUGGGUCCAGGGCCUUCACAGCCCUCUGCGUGUAUGGAGUGGGUGUGGGUGUGAGUGUGAGUGUGUGCGGCCACAAGCGUGGCCAUGGCAGUGUGCUUGUGGGAGCGGACUGGAGGUGAGGUGGGGUUGUUGCCCCCCCCCCCCCCGUCCCGGGGGAGGAGCCUGAAGUGCUUCACUUGGCUCUGAAAGCCUUUAAAUUGCUUGCUCCUCCUCGGAGCCAGUGUCGUGACAUUCUGGGCAAGGACAAGGCCAGCAGAGGCUGCCUCAGGCCUCCAGCCUCCUCACCCACCUCACCAGCACCUUGCCCACUUGAACUGGACUGCCCUCCCUCCUUCCCUGCCCUCCAAGGCCUGUGGCCUGAGAUUCAGAGCCACGGUCCUGUAGCUCCCUUGGCUGAGCCCUGGCAGAACAGCCCCUUUUCAUGUUUAGUUGCUUUUGUAGAGGAGGAGGGGCUGGGUCGGGGAUAUCUGUCACAGCCACAAGCCCUUAAAUAAAGCAGCCGAUGCAGACUCCUGCCUCUCUGUGAUGUCCUGGGUUCUGGGUCAGGCCCAGGGGCUCAGUGAGGGAGAGGGGGAGACGGAGGCAUUCGGAAGUGGCCUGGCGGGCCGUUGGAGAUGGGGUUUGGUUAGUCCAAAAUGUCCAUUUUGUCCACGCAACAGGCAUUCAGGGUGAAACCAGGGUAGUGCUGGGCCCAAGGAACAUGGGUGAACCCACAGAUGUCUGGCCAGGCAUUUACAGGCACAACAAAAUGGGGCCA